UAUAACCAUACUAACCAUAGUUUUGUUAGCUGUUAUAGUAACUGUAUUUUAUACGAAAAACAUUGUUUUUAAUAUGUCAGAAUUGGUUGAAAUUGAUGGAUCGCUUCUUGAAGGGGGUGGACAAAUUUUGAGAGUAGCUGUUACAUUAAGUGCUAUCAAAAAGAUUCCUGUUCGUAUUACAAAAAUUAGAGGAGGACGCUCUAAACCAGGUCUUAUGGAGCAACAUUUGAAAGGCAUCGAGUUAGUAAGAAACAUAUGCAGUGCUAAAGUUAAAGGAGUAACUUUGGGAUCUACAGAAAUAGAAUUUUGGCCCGGAGAAAUAAAAGGUGGUUCAUUUAGAGCUCAAGUUAAAACUGCAGGAAGUAUAAGUUUAUUGUUGCAAGUUGCUCUACCAUGUACGUUGUUUGCUAGUUCUCCUACUACUUUAACUUUAUUGGGAGGAACUAAUGCAGAAAUGGCACCACAAAUAGAUUAUACAACUGAAGUAUUUAGGCCAAUUUUGGAAAAAUUUGGAGCAACAUUUGAUUUUAAUUUAAUUAGGAGGGGAUACUUUCCUAAAGGUGGUGGUGAAGUUGUUGUGCAUGUCAAUCCUGUAGAAAAUCUUAAUCCAAUAGAUAUGACAGAACAAGGCAAUGUCACGGCUAUAUAUGGCUGGAGUUUUGUGGCAGGUGUCUUACCUAUAAGUUUGGCCCAUCGAUUGGCUGAUUCUGCCAUUAGUUGUUUGCAGGACAUUUUUAAAGGCAUUAGAAUUGAAAGAUAUAAGGAAAAUACAAACAUUGCUCCAGAUAAUUGUGCAGGAAUGGUUUUGGUUGCAGAAACAGACACGGGAUGUAUUUUGGGGGCAUCAGCAAUAGGCAAUCGAAAUGAAAAAACGGAGGAUACUGGCAAAAAGGCAGCUGAUGAGCUAUUGAAUUCUAUCAAGGAUGGGGCUUGUGUUGAUGAUCACAGCCAAGAUCAAAUCAUUAUUUUGAUGGCAUUAGCUAAGGGUAAAUCUCGAGUUAAAGUGAGGUCUGUAACAAUGCACACAAAAACAGCAAUAUUUAUAGUGGAAACAUUAACAAAUGUCAAAUUUGAAAUUAUACCACAAGAUACAUGCAACAUUAUUGAAUGUUCCGGAUCCUAAUAUUACCAAAACAAGACUUACUGUAUUCAUUAAGAUUUAUUGUAUUAAUUUUUUUUGCUGAUUAUUAUUAGUCACGUCAUCAGUAAAUAGUUAGUUUUUGUAUGUUUAUUUCAUGAAUAAAUUAAUUGAUUUACUUA